AUGAUGGUUUCUGAUGAAGAAAAAAGAUGGAUUGUUGUGGGAAUUGCCAUGAACAAAGUUGCUGCUCCUGUUUUGCGGGAUGCCAUGAAACAAGGAAUGGACACUGACUAUGCAAAUCUGGACAGACACUGUCAACUUCUGACCCCACCUUGUACUCUAACUACGUUAAAUCACGGUCUGGCCCGAGCCGAUCCUAUCUUGAGGAACCUGAAAUUUCAAAAUAUAAACAACAAUCAUCUUGUUCAUGGUGUAUGCAACUACAACUUCAACAUCUAUAGUUCUGUGGAUUUGGCAAAGUUAUAUCUGCCAGGUUAUCUGGCUCAGUUUUCAGCCUUUGAUGAGUCACUAGACAUGACUGCCAUUCUUCGUCUGUUAGGUUUUAAGAACUACAUGCCUGCCCCUGUUUUUUCCCCACAAACCCAGGCUUCAGCUGAUGAUGUCAGGGAAAAUGUCAGAAACAAAUGGGGCCAUGUUGAUUUUACUAAGUGGACAGCUGCCCUGUUCAAUGAUUGCUUUGACAAACUGAAGACAUUGGUAAGGAGUCUGGGACUAGUAGCAGGGUUGGAGAAAGACACAUUGGAUCAGCUUGCUGAUUGGCAAACAAAAGGUACUGUAAUUUCAACAGCAAUUUUAACACCCUGUGAGUCAGUAAAUAAUCAUUUCAAAUCAUAUUUGAUUAUAACAAUAAUAAUAUUAUAGGGCUUCUGAUAUUUUGCGCAGUCACAGAGCUUCUAAUUAAAUUCAGAUAAAUUCGUGAAAUCCCACAAAAUUCACAAAAAUACCCAAAAUACCACGAGAUUCACCAGAAAUCUUAUCAAAUAGAAUGUCAGGACAACAUCUAUCUCACAUGUACAGCUGUAUCUCGUCUCGAGGGGCUGUUUACUUGCUGUAAAGGUGCAAGUUUAUCUUGAAACAUCCCAAAACUACAGCUGUACCAGUUUGAAAAACUGGGCACUAGCAAUGAUGUUAAAAGCUUUGCCAUUGGCUCUGACUUGUGGAGGGUAUUGUUGUUGAAAGAGCAAAUGAUGACCUCUGUUAAGGAAAUGUUAAAAAUGCUGGUCUGAUCAGCACAAAACCGAUAGAUUUCUAGCAAAUUUGCCCUCAAAAUUCCCACAAAAUCGGCUGUUUUUUACUGAUUGUUUUUUGGCAAAGUUUGUCCCUAAAAAUCCCGCGACAUUUGACUUUUCUUCCAUGACCUAUCAGAAGCCCUCUAUUAGGUAAAACCUUUCUAAGCAGUCACCCUUGAAUUGGGAGUUAAGCUAGGUGACUGAUGUUGGUGGUUUAAGGUACAUUUGUAAUUUCCUUGUAAAGGAGUUAUACGUGUACAUGCUCUAUCCAGAUAGAAAAUGGUCACAGUGUUUGUUUUUGCCCCACAUGCCCAUAAUUUUAGAAACUAAAGUCACUGUGUUUUUUCCUAGCUGUGCACAAAAUGUUCCAAACUUAAACAGCCAUUAAAAAUCUUAUUAUAUGGCAAAAACUAUGAAUCUUACUGAAACCUAGUCAGAGCCAUAGGUUUGUUUGCCGGUCUGGGCUAUAACUUUUCAGCAAAGUGACUUCAAAUUAAUGCUUCCGCAGAAAAACGGACAGUUGUUGAUAAAAUAUUAUUUUUAGCCACAACAAGCUAAACACCAAUGAAAAGGGCCAUUUUCUGGCAAUUAUGCGGGUAGUAUUGAUGUCAUUUUCCACUUAUUGCAAACUUUUCCCAGAUUUGUUCAACACAAGCUGGUUAAUGUGGUUAUGAUGAAUAUUAUCCAUAGGAUUUGAGCCAAUCAUAAACAAAAAUGUUUUGAAGGAAUAAUACAGUAUAAAUUGCAUCAGUAUACUCAGUUCUUACAAAUGUACAAUUCUUUUGCACCCACAGAAAUACAGAGUGUACUAAAUUAUUUUAGAUCCUUACAAGGUGUGGCCAUCAGGGACCAUUCAUUUUUUGUCUGGUUAAGGGGGAGCUGGUGGGAUUUGACUAGUAUCUCCUGUAGUACAUGUAUAUGAUGACCCCGCCUCAUCCUUAGAAAUUUUUUGGGUGGCACCUCCUUGUAUCCCAAAUGAGUUGAGAUGACCCACCCCCACCCCCAAAAAAAAACAAUGCCGAGAGAAAGGCUGAAGAAUUUUUUGAAAAAAUGAAAAAUGACUAACUGGAAGUAAAUCAAAUAGACGUUUUGAAUGGCCAUAAGCAAUAGUGAUAGUGCAAGAAACAUUCCCUAAAUAAAGUUUGUUGUUUUUUUCUCCAAAGAAACAUUAAAUUUGGUAAGCUUUUUUUGCAUUUUAUUGGGGUAGAAUUGCUUUUUGGCGUGUAAUACAGUCAUUUACAUUAGGGGGUCUAGGGACACGCUUCCCGGGAAAAUCUGAACUUUCUGAAGGUCAGAAAUGCUGGUUUUUGGCACUCUGGUAGGCAGCUGUUGCAUUAUCACAGAACUUGAAGGAAUUUUUUUUUGGUGCCCUCCCCUCUUUACACCCAAUAUUUUACUUCCUUAUGUACCUCCCCCCUUUUAAAUCAUAUUUCAUUCAUGCCCCCCCUUCAAAUCCCACCAGUUCCCCUCCCCCUUAAAAAAUGAACGGUCCCUUAUUUCAGGCUGAUUACUAUGAAGUGAAAAGUGAAGUAGUCCAGAGCGGAAAAGUACAUAUGUACAGACUGUUAACAUUCUUCAAAACAACAGGCUUGACUGAUUCAUUAAUAGAUAAAUUGGGAAUUAGGCAACAAAUGAAUGACUGUGGAAUAUUGACAACUAUCUCCUAAAUGGUGUGAUAUUCCUGAACUUGAUUUGUCUGACUUGAUUUGCCUUCGGCCUCGGUGGAUAACACCCUGCUCGAUCUGCUAAAUUCUUCAUACCACACUCACCGUUAGAAAGAGUAGUAAUUAUAACCGUAAAUCUCUUGGAGUUCAAAUUGAUGAAUCUCUGAACUGGUGCCCACACAUUAAUACCAUUUCAAAUAAAAUAUCCACUGGUCUUGCUAUGUUCAAGCGUGUGAGUCCUAUUUUACCAUUUGAUACUAGAGUGAAUAAUUGUACAAUGCACUGGUAAUGCCAUAUUUUAAUUGCUGUAGUGCUGUAUGGGGUGAUAUUAAUAAAGGACUAGCAGAGAAACUUCAAAAGAUGCAGAAUAGGGCUGCUAGUUUAAUUUUACACACGAUUCCAAGGAAGAUUGAUCAGUGUCCUUUGUAAAGAGGACUAUGAACUGCUUCAAAGUCCCCAUCAAGCAACAAGCUACAGUCACACAUCUCUAAAGUAUACAUGCAUGUAUGGGCUUCUUCAGAGAGGGAAGGAACAAGUGUUUGCAAAAACAUUAGAUGGUGGGUUAAUUCACCAGACAACAAUCCACUAUCCGUUGGAUAGCUAUCAGGGAAACCAAAUACACUGUAUUGUGGUAUCCACUAGAUAUAGAGAUUUAUCUCAUGGUGAUUAACCUCUGUGAGUGGUCACCUCUAUUAAGCGUCUCUUAUAUCCAAUUAAAUAUUAGGAAUCUGAUGAGUAAACUGCACUUACCUGUAGUUAAGAGCCCGGCGACUUAGGGCUUGACUAUAACUACCUCUAUUAGGCCUUGUAAGCAAUGGACAAUAUGCGAAAAGUAUUUUUAAGGGUAUAAUUUAAGGGCCAUCAAAAUUAUCACUGAGAAUAAGUAACAGGUCAAGCACUGUAUUCUCAAUUAAUUAGCUUUUCAAGAUUGGUAAAGAGUCAUACUUUCACAGUGAUUAAAGGAUCUCUACUACUCUCUUUCUAUGUGUUACAAUCAUAGUAAUGCUUGCUAUAUAAGGAACUGACCAGGAUCUUUAACAUUUUUGGGAAGGGGCUCAGCUGUGCAUCCACAACUGGUCCAAACACUACAAGAGGCCCUACAACAAGUCCAUGGUCCACGGGCCGUUGGUGGUUCCAAAUAAGUGACUACAGUUCAAUUAAGGUUCCUGGGUAACUGUCUACCUAUGGUACCCCUCCCCAAAGUCAAAAUUGUGACUUAGGGGAGGGGUAAGUGGUCACUUACAUGUAUCCAGUAACCUCAAUUGAUCUGGUAAUUUUGUAUAAACCGUAAAAUUACUGACGGUUUGUUUGCAAGUGCAAUUCUAUACAAUACUUCUUUGCUAUAUGGUUUCGGUUGUACUUGUUGAUUCCAUCUUAUUUGCCUCAGGUUGUGCGUUGAUCAUGGGACAUGCUGUGGACAAGGAUCUUCUCCGUUUAGUACAAGAUGAAGUGAAAGAUCUCAUCAAGGAGUACAGCGCCUUCAAGUCACAGCUGAAUCGGCAGGACAGGCAAGUAGCAAAACUCGAAGAAGAUUUUGCUAUCCUUAAAGAUCAAGAAGUCAGGUUGAACGAGCAUGACGAACGACUUGAUGCACUGGAGUUCAGAAGUGAGGAGAUUACAAAGAUUUUGGAAAGACUUGUGUCCUUUGAAGAACACACAAGGGUGUGGUUACAAGCACUAGAAGAGAGAGUCAAUCGUCUAGAGCAAAGAGACACUGAGAAAGCCGUGAAAUUAGAAGAGGUUGGACUAGAAUUGAAGAGUUUAAAAACACAGAUCGACAAACCAGGUUAGCUGAGUUGAGGCACGGUCCCACCUCUUUUAUCAAAAAUUGUGAAUGAAAGGAUUCCCCGGCUUUAGUUUAUACUUUUUGCAGAAUAAAGUGAAGGACAAAGAUGUUUUGUUAGGGAACUUAGUAACGUCGAUUAUGAGGAGGUAGAGGACAGAAUACAAAAAAACAACUGGCUUUAAUGAGCAAAACGAUAGCUUUGCACUUUCGUCACACUUUUUUGUUACACGUUUCUUUUUUAAUUUCGUCGUAACGAUAUUCCGUUCCAUCGUCGUAAUCGCGUGAAGGUAUCGUUAACAUAAUGUUGUUGUGCUGAGGUCAAGCGAUCAGUAAAAUGUGGAUUUUGUGGUCGUGGUUAAACAGUAACUAAGGGACGGUUGAUUUUUCAUGGUAUAGGGGGCGCUGGUGGUAUUUGGGGGUCAUCAGGCAAUACUUUUUGGCAUGCCUCCCCCCGGCACACACACCACCACCACCACCAAAACUGUUAUACUGUCUAUUUUGUCUGUGUGUUUAAAACAGACAAGGUUUUUAUGUACAGUUCAAUAAACAUCCAAGAAUGUUAUCAGGUGUUUUUAAACUUGGUAAAACACGGACUGCUAGUUUAUUUUGACCUGCUCUGACAUUUUCUUAGAACUCAGAUUAUUAGUUUUAUUCAUGUCUUAUGAAUCCAUAAGAAAAUCAUAACUGAAAACUCAGCCCAGUUUUAUGAGUUUUGAGCCAAUUACGGUUGAACCUCUAUUUAGUGGCCACCCUCGGCGAAGGCAUUCCUUGCCGAGAACCAUCAGAGACCCAAGAGCUGUCAGGAGGGUCGGCAGGAAACGUUCCGAGCACUUUCGCCCGUGCUUGAAAACUUUGGUCAUGCCGCUUCGCCCGACCGGCCUGACUGCCCCUGGGUCUCCGUGGAUAGCUUAAUAAAGUUUUACAGAAAUUUUUUUCCUUAGGAACCCAAAGAGAGGGUAAAACCGCUUAAUGGAAGUUCGACAACAGGUAGCUCAAGCUCGAAAUAUGAGCAUCAGCAUUGUUGCUUGACCUUUGAAAUAUAAGGAUUUGUAUGGCAGAAAAAACACGAUUGUUUCUGUAACCUACGAUUGUAAAUUACAGAAAAAAAACCUGUGGUUCGACAGUGUUUCCGGGUAGGAUGGAUAAUAAGCAUAUUAUUUGACAGCUCACAGCGGUAUAGAUUGCUUGUCAUUUGAGUAUAACUAGUGUUGUCAGACUUAGAUACGUAGCGUUGUAUGAUACUGAUUCCCUUUUUUUCACUUAUCAGAAGCUUCAUCUCUGAAAUCAUUCGACCUGAAAUCCUGUCGAAGCAAACUAGAAGAUCAUUACCGAAAGACAUCAACUAUUCCCACUUCUGUUUGGAGUAAGAAAUCCGUUGUCGACAUUCACCAGAUCUACACUCGUCUGUCCUGGGUGAAAGAAGAACAAACCCCAGCUGGAACAACACAGGCUGAACUGAAGCAUUACUGUGAUCUCUUCAAAGCAAAGAAGAAUGGCGUUAUUCCAAAGAGAAUACUCGUGCAAGGGCAGACGGGAAUUGGAAAGAGCACGUUUGUUAAGAAGCUUCUUGUGGACUGGGUGGACGUUAAUAACGAGACUGGUGAUGAACAAACAGCUAUCUUAAAGAAUUUCGACCUCGUGGUUGCCAUAAAUCUCAAGGAAGUGUCCAAAUGUAAAAGUUUUAAAGAUGUCAUAAGACUCUCUAAUGUGUUUGCAAAGGAAGACAAAUAUAUGACAGAGGGUCUUGUUGAUUAUAUCACUAACAACCAAGAGAAAGUUCUUCUGAUCUUUGACGGCUACGACGAGUACCGCAGUGGAUGUGAUUCAGAAAUAUACGAGAUUUUUAGUGGAAAUAGCCUGAGAGGCUGCUGUGUAUUAAUAACAACUCGUAUUUCAAAAUCUGACGAACUACGAGGGUGUGAAGACCUGCAAGCUGAAAUCACGGGUUUCAGCGAAGUGGACAGAAAUGACUUUAUGCUGAGAUUCCUUAGUGCCCAUGAAGUGUCAAACUUAGAAGAGCACUUACGUCACAGAAAGCUGGAGGAACUGGCGAAAGUCCCUUUACUCCUUCUGUUUUUCUGUAUUCUUUGGAGAAAGGGACAGUUAAAACUCUUUCCGAAAACAAAAACUACAUUGUACAUAGAAAUUGUACAGUUCAUUUUAAAUCACAGCUAUAGCAAGCAAAGACCACCUCGAUAUGUCCAACUAACAGAAAAACAAAAGAUCCUCUCAGAAAUAGGAAAGGUUGCUUUACAAGCUCUUCUGAAGGAUGACCAUUUGUUUGAGUACAGUCAGUUGUCCGAUUCUGUCCAUUGUGACGAAAGCGUCCUCAUUGGUUUGCUUCAAAUCACCGAAUACUCAGAAACCUUACAACCAAUUGGAAUGGUGUCCUUUAUUCACAAGAGUAUUCAAGAGUUCCUUGCCGCAUGGUAUAUCACCUACAGAUGUAUACCUGAAGGCGGAAAUCUCGGUGAAAUUGGAGGAAAGUUGGAGGAGUGCUUGGCUUUAGAAAAUGUUUUCCAGUUUGUAUGUGGCCUUAGUGAAGUUGGAGCGUCGACAGCUUUGACACAUUUGAAGUCUGUCAGAAUCUCAGAUCCUUCGCUGGAUAUGUCAAAGGCAAUACCAGACUUUGAGAACGAGACAGACGCACCACUGAGUGACGUCACUGAACGUCAGUGUAAAUUUCGCAAUUUGGUUGUAAAUUCAUAUGAAGAGGUUGAAUCAAAAGCUGAACUUUCAAGAGCUUGUUUGGAUUGUCUUGGGAGUAUUCUUAUUUCUCCAGGAUUUGAAUUACUUCCUAAAGACCUGUUGUUAAAGGCACAGCAUGAAAAGUCCUGGUCUGUGGUUUCUAAAUUAACAGACUCUCCUUUAGAGGACAUGAAAUAUAACGUCUUAGCACUAGAAAAGACGCUUGAAACACUAGUUACUGAAAGUUCGGAAGUUCUCAAAAUUACAAAUUUUGUUAGAAAAUUCUGUCUUACUUGUUUUCUUCCCGGUUGUUUAUGCGGAUUUUUGCCAGUGGUUUGUUACCGUAAUGACCAAGUCCACUUUUACAUUACGCACUUGGCUCUGUUGUGCAAUGACCACGCCCGGCUAUUCGUUGACUUUGCUGUUCCUUCCAAUUCAGAGAAUUUAAGUUCAGGACAGCUGUGUCUGAAAUUUUUGAAAACUAUUCGUUGUUCUUCCACUAGAUUUUCCUUUGAAGGUCUUGUCGAAAUUAUCAAACACUGUAAUCAUUUAGAACGUCUUCAAGUUUUACAAAGUGAUGAUACUUUGUGUCAUAUCUUGGAGCAAGUUGCAAAUCCUCUCAAGUGCUCUUUGUCCAUCAGGCAUUGCGCGUUAACGUCAAAGGGAGCACAAAAACUUGCAUUUUUGUUACCAAGGUUUGAAAACGUUACUGAAUUUGACUUUUGCUUGGUUAAUUGCUCUGAAGAAGCAGCAGCAUAUAUCAAUCACACGUCUGCAAAGCUCCCCAAACGGACACCAAGUGACAUCCUCUUGAUGUCGUCAGUAGACGAGGCACACGGCCAGUCGCUGCCUAAAUUAUCAGACUUACAAACUUCAAGCAUAUGUAGCUUGGCUGAUGAUGAGUUCUGCGAUGGAACAGCAACAUCUUUGUAUGCCGCUAUCAAACACAAGACUCUAACGGAACUGACACUGAGUGAAAUCCUCUUCACGUCACCAGUAGCCGAGGCACUCGGCCAGUCGCUGCCUGAACUAUCAGCCUUGCAGACUCUAAGCAUGAGUGGCUUGAUCGACUGCUCUGAUCAGGCGGUAACAAGUUUGGUUGCCGCCAUCAAGCACAAGACUCUCGAGAGAUUGAAACUUCGUAGAAUGAACCUGACGUCAGCAGCAGUGAAGGCGCUCAGUCAGUCGCUGCCUGAAUUAUUAGCUUUACGAUUAUUAAAGAUAGGUAAUCUGGUUGAAUGUUCUGACGAUUCAGUGACACGACUGUUUGCUGCUAUCGCAAACAAAGCCCUUGAGGAAGUGAAACUGCGCAAAGUGAAGCUGACGUCUGCAGCAGCCGAGGCACUCGGUCGGUCAUUGCCUGAAUUACCAGCCUUAAAAGAAGUGAGUGUGAAAGGUUCAGAUGGAUGCAGUUUGCAGCAUGAGGAAAUGGAGGCAAUGUUUGGCAAAUUUAAGAGACCUUUUCCGCCAUUAAUUCGCCUAAAGAUCUGUAAUUUUAGCGCAAGAGGAACACUUGCUCAGCUCACCAGAAACCUGUGCUUCUUUCCUUCCUUGGAGUGUUUACACCUUGAAGCAUUAGAUAUGGGUGAAGCUGACUUAUGUAGUUUGCUCGACAAUUUGAAAGUCAUCCCUAACCUUUGGGCUCUGUCCCUGAUGGGAAAUCCACUGGGACAAGCGGUAAGGUUAAUGGUACCAUACUUGCUUAACCAGCAUCAUUUUAUUCUUCAAAUUCGACAAGGGGAUUGUUCAGAAGAACAUCUGAACUAUGUUCUGGAGGCGACCAAA